UCAAUUCUGCUCCUCCAGAGCAUUUUCUUCGUCUCUACGUCUUUUGCCGAAGAACUUCGUGCUGCAGACGUACCAAACGCCUGCACAACCAUUUGCCAACCGAUUGUUCAGUUGACAAACACCUGCGAUAUCGACCCCGACAAAUCUGAGGACAACGCCGCCGAGAAUUCCAAUGACAAUGACGGUGCAGAAUCGGAUGAGCCCAUUGAAGCCCAAUGCAUCUGCAGUAACAAGAGUUUCAACGUAGCUUCUAUCGCAGCGCUUUGCGCCAGCUGCAUACAACUUAAUGGAAAUCGGACCACGGACGAUGUGAACAAGAUCAUGUCUGCGUGCUCCUUCUCCAGCACAUCCUACGCUCCGUCUGCCACCGCUCUUGUUGCGCAAAUCACCGUAUCAGCAACGAAACCAACGGCC